AUGAUGCCACUGAAGAUGAGUGAGAUGUGGACAACAAUGGGGUCAACCUUAGCUAGCUUCAUGUUUGUCUGGGCGAUCAUAAGGCAAUAUUGUCCCUACGAGGUUAGACGUUUUUUUGAGAAGUACACACAUACGAUCAUGGGCUACUUCUACCCUUACAUCAGAAUAUCUUUCCAUGAGUUCUUGGGAGACAGGCUCAAGCGUAGUGAGGCCUAUGCUGCUGUGGAGGCAUACCUUAGUGCCAACACAUCAAAGAGUGCAAAGAGGCUCAAAGCUGAGAUGGGAAAGGAUAGUAGCAACUUGGUGUUGACUAUGGAUGAGUAUGAGAGAGUAACUGAUGACUAUGAGGGUGUUAAAGUUUGGUGGGUGUCUAGCAAGGUUAUGUCACCAACAAGGUCUCCAAUGUCUUAUUAUCAAGAACAAGAGAAAAGGUUCUAUAAGCUCACUUUUCACAACAAGUAUAGAGAGGUAAUAACUGGGUCAUAUUUGGAGCAUGUGAUGAGGGAAGGGAAGGAGAUUCGUUUGAGGAACAGGCAGAGGAAGUUAUACACUAACAGCCCUGGCUACAAGUGGCCAAGUUACAAGCAAACCAUGUGGAGCCACAUUGUGUUUGAGCACCCUGCCACUUUUGACACAAUGGCCUUGGAGCCUGAGAAGAAGAAGGAGAUCAUCGAGGAUUUGGUUACUUUCAGCAAGAGCAAGGAUUUCUAUGCUAGGAUUGGCAAGGCAUGGAAGAGGGGUUAUCUUCUUUAUGGCCCUCCAGGCACUGGUAAGUCCACAAUGAUUGCUGCAAUGGCCAAUUUGUUGGCCUAUGAUGUCUAUGACUUGGAGCUCACUGCUGUGAAGGACAACACUGAGCUGAGGAAGCUCUUGAUUGAGACAACUAGUAAGUCUAUAAUUGUUAUUGAGGACAUCGAUUGCUCACUUGAUCUUACAGGGCAGAGGAAGAAGAAAUCAGAUAAGUUAUCAGAUGAUGAGAAUGACAAGGAUGUCGUUGGAAGGAAAGACAGCAAAGAAGAAGGAAAUAGUGGCAGCAAAGUCACACUCUCAGGGCUAUUGAAUUUCAUUGAUGGAAUAUGGUCAGCUUGUGGAGGGGAGAGGUUGAUUGUGUUCACAACAAACUAUGUGGAGAAGCUUGAUCCUGCACUCAUUAGAAGGGGAAGAAUGGACAAGCAUGUUGAGCUUUCCUAUUGUAGUUUUGAUGGGUUUAAAGUGCUUGCUAAUAACUACUUGAAGCUUGAGACUCAUCCAUUGUUUGACACAAUUAAGAGGCUAAUGGGGGGGAUCAAGAUCACUCCAGCUGAUGUUGCUGAGAACCUUAUGCCCAAGUCUCCACUGGAUGAUGCUCAUAAGUGUCUUUCAAACUUGAUUGAAGCACUUGAGGAAGCAGCAGCUGCUACAAAAGCUGAGGAACUGAGACAGAGUAGUCCCAUUAAGGAGAAUGAUGAGGAUGUGCAAUAUAAGAGUUCCAUCAAGGAAAAUGGUGAACUUUUAUGUAAUAAAGAAACUGAACAAGCAAUGAACCAAUGCCAGCGAUAG